AUGACAAAUCACACAGGGAUAACAGUAUUCAUCUUGCAGGGACUGACAGAUAAUCCACAGCUACAGGUUUGGCUUUUUAUAUUUCUGUUUCUCAACUACUUCUUGAGUCUAACUGGGAACCUGACCAUCAUCACCCUCACCUUGGUGGAUCCCCACCUGAAAACUCCCAUGUAUUUUUUUCUCCGAAACUUUUCCUUCUUAGAAGUCUCACUAACAACUUCCUGUAUUCCCAGAUACCUCUAUAGCAUAUCAACUGGAGACAAAACCAUUUCCCGUAAUGCUUGUUACACUCAAAUAUUUUUUGUCAUCCUUCUUGGAGCAGUAGAGUUCUUCCUUCUGGCUACCAUGUCCUAUGAUCGCUAUGUGGCCAUCUGUAAACCUCUACAUUAUACAACUAUCAUGAACAGAAAAGUCUGUAACUGGCUCCUGUUGAGCUGUUGGAUGGCUGGGCUAUUGAUCAUCCUUCCCCCUCUUAGCUUAGGUCUCUAUUUGGAAUUCUGUGACUUCAUUAUUGACCAUUUUUCUUGUGAUACAUUUCCUUUGCUAAAGAUUUCAUGCACAGACACACAGUUGAUAGAGGGAGUGGUUUUAAUUGAUGCAAUAUUGACACUUAUCAGUACUUUACUCUUUGUGAUUUGGUCUUAUGCCGCCAUUGUCAAGACUAUUCUGAGAUUCCCCUCUGCCCAGCAAAGGAAAAAGGCCUUUUCCACUUGUUCCUCCCACAUGGUUGUUGUCUCCAUAUCUUAUGGCAGCUGCAUCUUCAUGUACAUCAAACCGUCUGGAAAUGAAAAAGUGGAUAUGAACAAGGUGGUGUCAGUUCUCAUGGCCUCUGUUGCCCCUGUGAUGAACCCCUUCAUUUACACCCUGAGGAACAAACAAGUUAUACAAGCCUUUAAGAAUUUAGUUAAAAGGAUUGCAAUUUUCACAAAGCAGUAA